CAAGGAUUCAGCUUCCUCAGAUUCUCGGCUUUAGUUUCCCAAGUUAGCGAGUGUACGUGCGUUGUGGUGGUGGUGUGUGUCGUGCUACAUUCCCUCUUUUCCCUGGUCUGCCUGUCACUUCUCGCCCUGCCGCUGUUCCGUUUGAGGUCACCAUUAGUACAAACGGUCACCAUUAGUACAGAUCAACCUUCUCCAGCGCGCUUGGUCUUCUACGCCUCCCUCAGUCACACUCAUUACAGAUGAUUGAGCUGUCUGGCGCGGAGUGUAGCCCAUGUCACGACGCCCCAGCUCCGCUGCCAGCCUUCCCCAGGGUAACAGAGCCCCUGAGUUACGAUGAGUUCUUCAGGGAGUAUUUAGAGAAGAACAGACCAUGCGUGUUCUCGGCGAGGUUCACGGAAGGUUGGCGGGCGCGGCGGGCCUGGGUGGCUGCCGACGGGACGCCCGAUGUGGACUACCUGGCACGCCACUUCGGUGAAGCCAAGGUGCCGGUAGCAAACUGUGACCAGAAACACUAUGACUCUCAAGAGAAGAAGACUUACACCCUGCAGGAAUAUAUUCAGUAUUGGAAAAAUGCCAGAGAGUCUUCAGAAGGAAAAAAGUUGUGCCUUUAUCUGAAGGACUGGCAUUUUGUACAAGCAUAUCCUGACUAUGGUGCCUACACUACUCUUCAAUACUUCGCUUCCGACUGGCUCAAUGAGUUCUGGAAAGUCCGUGAGGAUAUCCAGGAUGACUACCAGUUUGUGUACUUGGGACCCAAGGGCAGCUGGACGCCUUUUCAUGCUGAUGUCUUCCGCUCCUAUAGUUGGUCCACUAAUAUCUGUGGACGUAAAAGAUGGGUGUUUUAUCCCCCAGGAGAGGAACAAUACCUGCGUGACACAUUUGGCACACCUGUGUAUGACAUUGACUCCACAGAACUAAGUGACACAUCAAAGUACCCAAAAGCAGCCUCUGCCUCAGGCCGACUGGAGGUGAUUCAAGAACAGGGACAGACCAUAUUUGUUCCCUCAGGAUGGUACCAUCAAGUCUGGAAUCUAGAAGACACAAUCUCCAUCAACCACAACUGGUUAAAUGGUACAAACAUCCACAUAGCUUGGGAGUUCCUGGUUGAGUCUCUUAACCAGGUUGAGUAUGCUAUCCAGGACUGCAGCAGCAUGGAUGAGUGGCCCGAGCAGUGCCAGUUGCUCCUGCGAGCCACCCAUGGUAUGGACUACCACGAGUUUUACGUAAUGCUUCGCACAGUGGCUCGGCGGAGGAUCAACUUGCUGCGAGGAGCUGAAGAUGUUAUUAGUUUUGGACAGUGGAGACUUGGCAAAAAUCAUGCUACUUAUGACCUGAGGAGAAUCAAGUGGUGUCUGGAGAAGCUCUUGGAUGACCAGCACACAGAGGGACUGAGGAUAUUCAGCAAGAUAGAGGAGCCGCCCUCACAACUCUUGGAGGAGGUGACAGUGGCUUUAUCCUGAUUAUGCUCAUGCAGCUUCACAUUAAAGCAUUCAUGGACUACAUGAGCAUCGUGCCCUUCGCCUGUCCACUCCCACCUCCACUGAGAGUUCACGGCUCCAGUGCAUCUGCCUACACCUUGCCCUACUCUGCCUUGAUGCAUCAUACACUCUGGUUGUUCCAUCAUGUGGUUUGAAAAAAAUAUCAGUAUAGUUUUAGGUGUAAAUCUUAAAAAAUAUUAAUCCCUAAAACAGCACCUAUCUAAAAAGUCAUUUUAAAUUCUACCUCACUUACUUGAUGUCCUACCAUGUGGUGUGCUUAAAUUAAAACCUCAUUUGUCAGGGGCAUAACCCCAUGAUUACAUUUUUUUUUUAAAUAGCUUAGGUCGUUACAUGAUUAUUAACAACUUUUAUGAGAGUGGCAGUGUGACUUGUUGAGUGGUUAGUAGGAUUGCUGAAUGUGAUAUACAAGCAGUGUGGUGCUAAUUGACUUGGCAAGUGUGUGUGUGUGUGUGUGUGUGUGUGUGUGUGUGUGUGUGUGUGUGUGUGUGUGUGUUUACAUGAUGCAUGCCAUGUCUUUGUUGCACCCCCUUUGUGGUGUGUUUGCCUGGUAUGCAGAUGAAUAGAUAAGCUUUAAUUACCUAUUAAUUGUAAAUACACCUAAUAAAGUUGUUGUAUAUUCACAUAAAUAUUCA